UGCAUCACAUUGUAUUGGACUUUAACGACCGUCAGAACAUUUAUGGUCGGCUCUUACUUUUAUUUGCCAAACAAGUUCGACAGUUUUGCAGUUUUAGUUUUCCCCAGAUGUCGAAUUCUACGUUUAGGCCGGCCAAGAAUAGAACUAAGCGCCGUGAACCGGUCCAGAAAAACGCGUCUGCAAUUGGGCAGAAAGUCUGGGGUCGCCGAUAGAAUGGAUUGGCAAGAAUGUUUGGAAUUGGAUAGUUUUGCAUAAUCAUUUCAUAAGCGCACCGCUUUGCAUAAAAAACUAGUUGAGUUAUGGAGCAACCCGUCGGGAAUGGGUUCCCCCAUUGUUCUAGUGCGUCUUUAAUCGGUAUAAAAGCGGAUCGCAGAAGUAUCAGGAUUCAGUCUUGGCCUUUGCCUGUUCAGCACACCCACUACUUCAAAACAUCUCUUCUAUCGCCAUGCGUUUCCUUAUCGCCUUCUGCCUGAUUGGUGCCGCUUGCGCCCAAUACAACUACGGUGCCGGCUUCAGCGGAGCCGCCUCCGACAAUGUUCCCUCCUUCUCCGGAUUCGGAGGUGCUUCAGGAGCUGGUGAUUACGAUUCGGCCGCCAGUGGCCCUGUGAGCUACACACCUGCCGCUGAGCUGAACAAGGAGUUCUACACCUUCGAGGCUGACGAGAGCCAGUUCGAGGAUCCUUUGGCCAACCAGAAGAUCGCCGGCGCCGUUAGCAAGGGACUGCGCGUCGUCUUCAUCAAGGGACCCGAGAACCGUGGACUGGAGAACGCUGCCCUGGCCCUGGCCAAGCAAGCUGCCGAGCAGAAAACUGCCAUCUAUGUCCUCAACAAGCAGACCGACAUCGGUGAUCUGGCCAACAAGUUCAACGCCGCCCGCCAGAACGCCAACCAGCGUCCAGAGGUCCACUUCGUCAAGUACCGCACCCCUGAGGAUGCUGCCAAUGCCCAGCGCGCCAUCCAGUCCCAGUACGACAACCUCGGUGGCACCAGCCAGUCCAUCAACGGAGGCGUGGCCAACGCCAUCAACUUCGCUUCCGCCGCCCCGGCCGCCCCCGCUCGUGGCAGCAACUACUCCCCACCCGGAGCUGUGAGCAACUCCUACCUGCCCGCCAACAUCCUGCGUCGCCUGCGCAUCCGUUAAGGACUCAAGGAUAGACCUGAACUGACUGUUGUUUAAUAUUUUGUAAUGAUUAUAAUUGAAUAAAAACGAAAAUCAAGAUUAACUUAAUUCAUUUACUUGUGACUUGUGAAGAAUAGAGUGUCGAGACGGAAAAAUACGGUCUUUAAAAUGAAGAUUGUAAGCUCUAAGGUUCAAUUUGGAGAAACUGUUAUUUGGUCUUUUAAACAAAAAUUAAGUGAGGCCAAGCAAUUUACUAUUCGAAGCAGAAAAAGAUUGUCCAUUCAUUUUUUCAAAAUUAACCCUGUAUCGAUAAAAAUUUCAUAGCAUUGGGAAACUACGA